AUGGAACUUUUGACUGAUCAAGCAGGUGACGAGGAGAAGCCGAUUUGCGCUCGUUGCAUCAAUGCGAACUUUGAUUGUGUUGGCUACGGCAGUGACUCUACUAGCAGUCCGAGCCUCCACAGCAUCAAUGUCGUUGACCUGAGCCGGGAAAAAAGUGUCUUCCUGCAAGGAUCAGGGUGCUUGGAGUUAUACACUACAAGUGGUAGCGAGGAACAACACACAUGGGGCUGUGGGGGCGUGGGUAGGUCACCCAACUCGAUCAAGAGGUUCGAUUCCACGGAUGGAAGUGCCUCCUACUUCAGCGUGUUUCUUCGGCAUAUCACACAAGGUCAAUGGUGCUUCUACUUCUCGGGUUUCUUUUCCCGCAUCCUGCUGGAGGACUCGCUUCAGAACGAGUGCAUUCGUCAGUCCAUCAUGGCAAUCGGCGCACUCACGUGCUCAAUCUCGAAGACUGCCGACUCACUCCAGCAUGGCAGCCUCGGUCAUGCCCAACUUAAAAGUUACAAGGCUCUCUCUAAUCAGCACUACCAAGCCUCCCUUGGAUAUCACGCUUCCGCCCUCACCAGGUUCCGCGAUCGCAUUCAGACAUCUUCCAAAGUACCACACAAAUGGAUCCUCUCCAUGACUGUGCUGCUUGUCAUCUACGAGCUGUUGCAAGGCGAAUUUGAAGCUGCCGAUGGCCUGUUGAACUGUGGUUAUAUGGUUCUGGAUGAUGCUCUCACCAUGGUCCAUGGGGCCCAGGUCUUUGGACCGCAAAGGACGCUCGGGAGUGAUGUGCCGAGUUUGGAUGAGUUUCUGGCCUUCUUUGCAUCACCAACAACCUAUUCGCAGCAUCUCACUUCCAAAUGGGCGCCGAUAUUGUUCAUUCGACGUGAUAGUCUCUUUAGCCUUCUGGGGAUGGAUUUGGACGCUGCUCUAAACAAACCUCCCAAUUGGUCUGAGUUCCACGCCUUCGCAAAGGAAUACUUGAGUCAACCCUGCGACUUGAGUAUUGGUGGAGACAAACUUCUUGCAGGGUGCUCGAAUAACUAG